AUGAAUAACGAUAGUGAGAACGAGAGCCUCCCACAAGACAUCGAACUACGAGGACAGCAUAUUGCCACGAUCGAGGACGCACUCCAGUUCCUACGGGGCUGUGAAAAGUCUGAGGCAUAUCUGCUCGCGACCCAGCUAUUGGAGCACUUGCUUGGCAGACAUGAGAAGGUGGAACGAGCCAUCGACCUGCUGUACAACUACGUCGAUAAGGAAGAGCUAUGGAGAGGACAGGAGGACCACGCAGAUUUCCGAAGAAGAUGGCAAGAGGGCCAGAGAAUACAGGCACGACGUAUCCAGAACGAUGAGUACCUCACCUCAAAUAGGCAAAAAGCAAUUAAUGCCUGGGGAGAAGAGCAAGCGAAUGCCUUCUUCGGGUACCUAUCGACACGUUCAAUGGUGGAAUUGGCCAGCAAAUUCAUCACAACUGGUCUCAGUUACGAGCAUGUCCGGCUUUCGAUCAAUAAUGAGGUUAUCUCACGUCUAUCAUCACCAGGACGAGGGGUUCGCAACACCAAGGGUAUCAUACAAGGUGACCUUACGAAGGCCCUUCACCGGAAGUGUUUGCAGCCUCUAGUGCGAGAGACCCUUAUAGAGUGCGGGCUGCAACUAGACCAGGAUGGAUAUUGCUGCGCGACCGGCAGAGGAAGUGACCUUGCCGCUCUGACUGCAGAGCCACAUAUGUCUAUUGUUGAGACAGAAACGGAAGAUGAAGUUAACGCUAGUGCUGGUGAUGCUGAUGCCUUCGGUGAUGCGCAGGGCACAGUCAUUUACCUUGAGGAGAAUGAUGAGGGAGGCGAUGCCGCCGACCUAAUGUCUAUCUGCGGUGUAUCUGAUAUGUCCUCUGAGCUGUCGGAGGCGCAGUCAUUUCCAGAUGACUUCCUGUCUGGAAAUGACGAGGAAUCUGAUUCCUCGCAGGGCAAGAAGAGACAGGAUGCUGAGUGUGGCUGCUCCGUCAAAAGAGCUACUAUGAACAGAAUCCUAGCCCUCCCUGCAGAUGCAACCAAUAGACAGAAGUUGGUGGCCUUGAGAAGCCUUGGCAGACUGGCCUUAUGUGACCUGGAGUCGAUCUUCACGAAAAAUGUGAUCUGUAUGUCUCAUGCAAAGAGGGUGUUUGAACUGUUCAAUAUGCGCAGCGCUAGCAAGAACCAUACCGCGCUUGCUAAGAGAGUUGACUUCAUCUACCGACAUAUUGAUGACUGGGAUACCUUGGUGAAGACGCACUUAGCCUGGUUUCGGCCGAAAAACGGUCUCAGCUGUGAUCCCCCGUUAGACCUCUAUCGUUUCAGACACCAGCCUGCCCCGCCAUUGGUCGCUGACUACAAUAAGAUGACCUGGCUGUCCUUCGAAAGCCUCUACCGAAGAAUACUGCCCACUCCCGAACCAACCGCCCCUCUGGCUACUGAGCUAUUCCAGCAGAUGACAGAGCGAGGGAGUGUGGUGAUUCCGCAGUUGUUUGGUUGGUUGAAGGAAGAUUUUGAUGGCAAUCAUCCUGGCGGUCUACUGGCUCUUGCACACGAGGAGAUGGACAUGUACAAUUACCAUUAUCUACCUCGCACCGGUAAGCCUCGUCUUGGGUGGUUGAGGAAUAUGUGGCAUGGUAUUAUCCAGCAACUGGUCCGCCAGGACCCGGCGUACUAUGCAUGCUAUGUCUUCUUUCGACCAGACCAUGCUCACCGACUGAUCUCCUUCCCGUACUACGCCAAAAGUACCAUGCCUGGUGAGCAGACUCGCUUUAGGCACAUUGAUGUGAAUCUAAAUGAUCUAUUCCAAACCGGGCGGGGCCACGCAAUAUUGCAAGGCAGCCUGUCGUUAGAUGAUGAGGAUGAGCAGAACUGUACUGAGUUACUGUAUGGCAUGCACCGCCAUAUUCAUGAGUGGUGGGCAAGUGUGCGUGAUAGGAUGGAGACCACAGAUGGCUACGUGCAAAAGAUCGAUGGCAAGAACUGGACCAAGGAGGAUGCCGCAAAGUAUGGCGCAGACUGGGCCAAGGAGGUCUGUAUGGCUGGUGAUGUCCGAAUCAGUCUGCCAACACUACCCCAUGGGUCGACAGGCCCUGCAACCAAGAGACGGAGAUGCAUUUUACCAUGGUUUGUCCGUGUUAGAGAUGACCAUUCAACCCUAGAUACCCCGGAAUCUGGCACUUGGGAGGAAGUAUCCGCAGCGCACAGAGACCUCAUUCAAGCUACUAGAACGCCUUCAGGGUUCACUAGUAGUAAGUAUGGGCACCUGCAGUAUGCAUUCCCUGCGGCACCACGGUUCCACGGUGAGGGUUUGAUCUCUGACUGCUUGGUUGGCCGUGCUCGAUGGACUGAUCCUGGUGUUUCGACCGAGCUGGAUGUCCUCUUCGGUCAACAUGAGGCCGCUGCAGCCGCCUACAUUGCCUCAUGGAGAAGACAUGCGCAGCAGACGUAUGCCGACCUAUUCCUAGAGAUGAUAAAAGCCGAGAAGCAGGCAUUCGGUAAGGAUUCUUUCUUUCGCCGCAAGGAAUCCGGGCUGCCCAUUGGCCCUCCACAGCCAGAGGUUACGCAGUUGGAAGCUGAUGACAGUGGUGAUUCUUGA